CUGCCUUUAGCGGUCGCCCCCGCCGCCGCUGCCAGGGACGUGCUGGUAAAACCGAAGCCCCGGGAGAAGAUGCCGGCCAUCCUGGUUGCCUCCAAAAUGAAAUCGGGACUACCCAAACCCGUGCACAGUGCUGCGCCCAUCCUGCACGUGCCCCCGGCCCGCGCUGGUCCCCAACCUUGCUACCUCAAGUUGGGUAGCAAAGUGGAGGUGAGCAAGACGGCCUACCCUGGCCAGAUUGCGCUAAAAUCUCAGGGGCUACAGGAACCGGUGGGGCAGGGGCCCCCGCUGCGGAAGAGCGGCUCUGUGGAAAAUGGGUUGGAUACUCAGAUCUACACUGACUGGGCCAACCAUUAUCUGGCCAAAUCCGGCCACAAGCGUCUCAUCAAGGAUCUCCAGCAAGAUGUGGCGGAUGGUGUCCUCCUGGCCCAGAUUAUCCAGGUUGUAGCAAAUGAAAAGAUUGAAGACAUCAAUGGCUGUCCGAAGAACAGAUCACAAAUGAUUGAAAACAUAGAUGCCUGCUUGAAUUUCCUGGCAGCUAAGGGAAUCAACAUCCAGGGGCUGUCUGCAGAAGAAAUCAGGAAUGGAAACCUCAAGGCCAUUCUAGGCCUCUUUUUCAGCCUCUCCCGCUACAAGCAGCAGCAACAGCAGCCCCAGAAGCAACACCUCUCUUCACCUCUACCACCUUCUGUGUCCCAGGUGACAGGGGCUCCUUCCCAGUGCCAGGGUGGCACCCCUCAGCAACAGGUGCCAGCCACUCCCCUAACCACGUGCCAGCCUCACCAGCCAGCGCCACAUCAGCAGUCGAAAGCACAAGCUGAAAUGCAAUCCAGACUCCCAGGUCCUACCACAAGAGUAUCCGCUGCAGGCAGCGAGGCCAAAACACGUGGAGGAUCAGCCACUGCUAACAACCGUCGCAGCCAGAGCUUUAACAACUAUGACAAGUCCAAACCAAUCACCUCCCCACCCCCGCCAACACCACCAAGCAACCAUGAGAAAGAGCUGUUGGCAAGUUCAACCUCCUCCCAGUCCGGGAUGAGCGAAAAUGCACCCAUUUCCUUGGAGAGCACCAGCAGCUCCACCCCCACUAACUGCACCUCCUCCGCCAUCCCCCAGCCCAGUGUGGCCUCCAAGCCGUGGCGCAGCAAGUCUCUCAGUGUGAAGCACAGUGCCACUUCAUCCAUGCUCUCUGUUAAGCCGUCUGGGCCAGAGGUCCCCAGGCCUGCACCCGAAGCCAUGAAGCCGGCUCCCAACAAUCAGAAAUCUAUGCUGGAAAAGCUCAAGCUUUUUAACAGUAAAGGGACUUCCAAGGCAGGGGAAGGCCCAGGAUCCCGGGACACGAGCUGUGAGCGGCUAGAAAUCCUGCCCAGCUUUGAAGAGAGUGGAGAGCUAGAGGCUGCUGGCCGUGGGCUCUCUGCAGCGAGCCCUGCGUCCAGCAGCCCCAAGAUUGCUCUCAAGGGCAUUGCCCAGAGGACUUUCAGCCGGGCACUGACCAACAAGAGGAGCUCCCCAAAAGCCAAUGAGAAAGAAAAGGAGAAGCAACAGAGGGAGAAGGAAAAGGAAAAAGGCAGGGACCUCACCAAGAGGGCCUCUGUGACCGAGAGGCCAGAUGCCAAGGAAGAGCCCAGGGAAGAACCCGGCGGAAUGGCCAUGACCGAGAUGCCAAAAAAGUCCUCCAAGAUUGCCAGCUUCAUCCCCAAGGGAGGGAAGCUCAGCAGUGCCAAGAAGGAGGCAUCAGCCCCUUCCCACAGUGGGAUACCAAAACCAGGGAUGAAGAGCAUGCCCGGCAAGUCCCCAGGUGCCACCACACCAUCCAAGGAAGGGGAGCGCAGCCGGAGCGGGAAGCCAAGCUCAGGGCUCCCCCCACAGAAGCCUCAGUUGGACGGCAGACACUCUAGCUCCUCCUCCAGCCUCGCAUCCUCAGAGGGCAAGGGCCCGGGGGGGACCCCGCUGAACCACAGCAUCAGCAGCCAGACCAUCAGUGGGUCUGUCGGGACCACCCAGACCACGGGAAGCAAUACCGUCAGUGUCCAGCUACCUCAGCCCCAGCAGCAAUACAACCACCCCAACACUGCCACGGUCGCGCCUUUCCUGUACAGGUCCCAGACAGACACUGAAGGGAAUGUGACUGCCGAGUCCAGCUCAGCGGGUGUGAGUCUAGAGCCCAGCCACUACACCAAGAGUGGACAGCCUGCCCUGGAAGAACUCACUGGGGAAGACCCCGAGGCCCGGCGGCUGCGGACAGUGAAGAAUAUAGCUGACCUGCGGCAGAAUUUAGAGGAGACCAUGUCCAGUUUACGAGGAACUCAGGUUACACACAGCACAUUGGAAACCACGUUUGAUACCAACGUGACCACAGAAAUAAGUGGCCGUAGCAUCCUCAGCUUGACAGGGAGACCCACUCCUCUGUCCUGGAGACUCGGCCAGUCCAGCCCUCGGCUCCAAGCAGGAGACGCACCCUCCAUGGGCAAUGGGUACCCACCUCGAGCCAACGCCAGCCGGUUCAUCAACACUGAGUCAGGCCGCUAUGUUUACUCUGCCCCUCUGAGAAGGCAGCUGGCGUCCAGGGGCAGCAGCAUCUGCCACGUGGAUGUCUCUGACAAGGCGGGAGAGGACAUGGACCUGGAAGGCAUCAGCAUGGACGCCCCCGGCUACAUGAGCGAUGGCGACGUGCUCAGUAAGAACAUGCGGACUGAUGACAUUACAAGUGGGUACAUGACCGACGGUGGGCUUGGCCUGUACACACGGCGCCUGAACCGGCUCCCUGAUGGGAUGGCUGUGGUGCGAGAGACACUGCAACGAAAUACCUCUCUGGGCCUUGGAGAUGCUGACAGCUGGGAUGACAGCAGCUCUGUGAGCAGUGGCAUCAGCGACACCAUAGACAACCUCAGCACCGAUGACAUCAACACCAGCUCCUCCAUCAGCUCCUACGCCAACACACCUGCCUCCUCUCGCAGAAACCUGGACGUUCAGACGGACGCGGAGAAGCACUCCCAGGUGGAGAGGAACUCACUGUGGUCCUGUGAUGACAUCAAGAAGUCAGACGGCGGGUCAGAUAGCGGCAUAAAGAUGGAGCCAGCCUCCAAGUGGAGGCGCAAUCCUUCUGAUGUGUCUGACGAGUCCGACAAAAGCACGUCGGGCAAGAAGAAUCCUGUCAUCUCACAGACAGGCUCAUGGCGGAGGGGCAUGACUGCUCAGGUGGGCAUCACUGUGCCAAGGACGAAGCCAUCUGCCCCAGCAGCGGGAGUGCUGAAGACGCCAGGCACUGGGAAAACUGAUGAUGCAAAAGUGUCUGAGAAAGGAAGACUUUCUCCCAAAGCUUCGCAGGUGAAGCGGUCUCCAUCAGAUGCUGGGCGCAGCAGCGGCGACGAAUCCAAAAAGCCCCUGCCCAACAACUCCCGUACGCCCACGGCCAACACCAACAGCUUUGGGUUUAAGAAGCAGAGUGGUUCGGCUGCAGGGCUGGCCAUGAUCACUGCCAGUGGGGCCACUGUCACCAGCAGGUCAGCCACAUUGGGCAAAAUCCCCAAGUCCUCCGCACUGGUGGGUCGGUCUGCUGGCCGGAAGACGAGCAUGGAUGGGGCUCAGAAUCAGGACGAUGGGUAUCUCUCGCUCAGCUCCCGGACAAACCUGCAGUAUCGGAGUUUGCCCAGACCCAGUAAGUCCAACAGCCGGAAUGGGGCUGGGAACAGGUCUAGCACCAGCAGCAUCGAUUCCAACAUCAGCAGCAAGUCGGCAGGCCUGCCAGUACCCAAGCUGAGGGAGCCUUCCAAGACAGCCCUUGGCAGCUCUCUGCCUGGCCUGGUCAACCAGACAGACAAGGAGAAAGGCAUUUCAUCAGACAAUGAGAGCGUGGCCUCCUGCAAUUCAGUGAAAGUGAACCCAGCAGCCCAGCCUGUACCUGCCUCGGCUCAGGCCCCUCUGCAGCCUGGGGGCAAGUACCCUGAUGUGGCCUCUCCCACGCUCCGCAGACUCUUUGGUGGGAAGCCUACCAAGCAAGUGCCCAUCGCCACAGCUGAAAACUUGAAAAAUUCUGUGGUCAUCUCCAACCCCCACGCCACCAUGACCCAGCACAGCUCUUUAGAUUCACCCUCGGGUAGUGGCGUUCUGAGCAGUGGUGGCAGCAGCCCUCUCUACAGUAAGAACAUGGACCUCAACCAGUCUCCUCUAGCCUCCAGCCCCAGCUCUGCCCACUCGGGCCCCUCCAACAGCCUCACGUGGGGCACCAACGCCAGCAGCUCCUCGGCGGUGAGCAAGGAUGGCCUGGGCUUCCAGUCCGUCAGCAGCCUGCACACCAGCUGUGAGUCUAUUGACAUCUCUCUUGGCAGCGGAGGGGGACUGAGCCACAAUUCCUCCACUGGCCUUAUCAGCUCCUCUAAGGAUGACUCCCUGACUCCCUUUGUCAGAACCAACAGUGUCAAGACCACGCUGUCCGAAAGCCCUCUCUCUUCCCCUGCUGCUAGCCCUAAGUUCUGCAGAAGUACUUUGCCCCGGAAACAGGACAGUGACCCGCACCUUGAUAGGAACACUUUGCCUAAGAAAGGACUCAGGUAUGCUCCCGCCUCCCAGCUUCGCACACAAGAGGACGCAAAAGAAUGGUUACGGUCCCACUCUGCUGGAGGCCUGCAGGACACUGCUGCCAAUUCCCCUUUCUCCUCUGGCUCCAGUGUAACUUCUCCCUCUGGAACGAGAUUCAACUUUUCCCAGCUUGCAAGUCCCACCACUGUCACCCAGAUGAGCUUGUCGAACCCAACCAUGCUGAGGACGCACAGCCUCUCCAAUGCUGACGGGCAGUAUGACCCAUACACUGAUAGCCGCUUCCGGAAUAGUUCCAUGUCUUUGGAUGAGAAGAGCAGAACCAUGAGUCGAUCAGGCUCAUUCCGGGAUGGGUUUGAAGAAGUCCAUGGGUCCUCACUCUCCUUGGUUUCCAGCACGUCAUCCAUUUACUCUACGCCUGAAGAAAAGUGUCAGUCCGAGAUUCGCAAACUACGGCGGGAGCUGGAUGCCUCUCAAGAGAAGGUUUCAGCAUUGACCACACAGCUGACGGCAAAUGCUCACCUGGUGGCAGCCUUUGAACAGAGUCUCGGGAACAUGACAAUCAGGCUGCAAAGUUUGACCAUGACAGCCGAGCAGAAGGAUUCAGAACUGAAUGAGUUAAGGAAAACCAUUGAGCUGCUCAAGAAACAGAACGCAGCUGCCCAGGCUGCCAUUAAUGGAGUAAUUAACACACCGGAGCUCAACUGCAAAGGAAACGGCACCUCUCAAUCUACAGAUCUUCGCAUCCGCAGGCAGCAUUCCUCUGACAGCGUCUCCAGCAUCAACAGCGCCACCAGCCACUCCAGCGUGGGCAGCAACAUAGAGAGUGACUCAAAGAAGAAGAAAAGAAAGAACUGGGUCAAUGAGUUACGCAGUUCCUUCAAGCAAGCUUUCGGAAAGAAGAAGUCUCCCAAAUCAGCAUCCUCCCAUUCAGACAUCGAGGAGAUGACGGAUUCCUCCUUGCCUUCCUCACCAAAGUUGCCACACAAUGGGUCUACAGGCUCCACUGCAUUGCUGAGGAAUUCUCACUCCAACUCUCUAAUUUCCGAGUGCAUGGACAGUGAAGCUGAGACAGUCAUGCAGCUCCGGAACGAGCUGAGAGACAAGGAGAUGAAGCUAACAGACAUCCGCCUUGAAGCCCUCAGCUCUGCCCACCAGCUCGACCAGCUCCGGGAGGCCAUGAACAGGAUGCAGAGUGAAAUAGAGAAGCUGAAAGCUGAGAAUGACCGGUUAAAAUCAGAGUCUCAAGGCAGUGGCUGCAGUCGGGCCCCCUCCCAGGUGUCCAUCUCUGCCUCCCCCAGGCAGUCCAUGGGCCUCUCCCAGCACAGCCUCAACCUCACUGAGUCAACCAGCCUGGACAUGUUGCUGGAUGACACUGGUGAAUGCUCGGCUCGGAAGGAAGGAGGCAGGCAUGUUAAGAUAGUUGUCAGCUUUCAGGAGGAAAUGAAGUGGAAGGAGGACUCCAGACCACACCUCUUUCUUAUUGGCUGCAUUGGAGUUAGUGGCAAGACGAAGUGGGAUGUGCUCGAUGGGGUGGUUAGACGCCUGUUCAAAGAGUACAUCAUUCAUGUCGACCCAGUGAGUCAGCUGGGGCUGAAUUCGGACAGCGUCCUGGGCUAUAGCAUUGGGGAAGUCAAACGCAGCAAUACUUCGGAAACACCUGAACUGCUCCCCUGUGGCUAUCUGGUUGGUGAGAACACCACCAUCUCUGUCACUGUCAAAGGGCUGGCAGAAAACAGUCUGGACUCGCUGGUGUUUGAGUCUUUGAUUCCCAAGCCCAUCCUGCAGCGCUAUGUGUCCCUGCUGGUGGAGCAUCGGCGGAUCAUCCUCUCUGGCCCCAGCGGCACUGGGAAGACCUACCUGGCCAACCGUCUGUCUGAGUACAUGGUGCUUCGAGAAGGACGAGAACUGACUGAUGGGGUGAUCGCCACCUUUAACGUGGACCACAAGUCCAGCAAGGAAUUGCGCCAGUACCUGUCCAACCUUGCCGAUCAGUGCAACAGUGAGAACAAUGCAGUGGACAUGCCGCUCGUCAUCAUCCUGGACAACCUGCAUCAUGUUAGUUCCCUGGGCGAGAUCUUCAACGGGCUGCUCAACUGCAAGUACCAUAAAUGCCCUUACAUCAUUGGCACAAUGAACCAGGCUACCUCUUCCACUCCCAAUCUGCAGCUUCAUCAUAACUUCAGGUGGGUGCUUUGUGCCAACCACACGGAGCCUGUAAAAGGUUUCCUCGGCCGGUUCCUAAGGAGGAAGCUCAUGGAGACGGAAAUCAGUGGGCGGGUGCGGAAUGUGGAGCUGGUCAAGAUCAUUGACUGGAUUCCUAAGGUCUGGCAUCACCUCAACCGCUUCCUGGAGGCCCACAGCUCCUCAGAUGUCACCAUUGGGCCCAGGCUCUUCCUGUCAUGCCCCAUUGAUGUGGACGGCUCGAGGGUGUGGUUCACAGACUUAUGGAACUACUCUAUCAUCCCCUACCUCCUGGAAGCCGUGCGAGAGGGCCUCCAGCUCUACGGGAGGCGCGCUCCCUGGGAAGAUCCCGCCAAGUGGGUGAUGGACAGCUACCCAUGGGCAGCCAGCCCACAGCAGCACGAGUGGCCUCCCCUGCUGCAACUCCGACCGGAGGAUGUUGGCUUCGACGGCUACUCCAUGCCUCGGGAGGGCUCCGCGAGCAAGCAGGUGCCUCCCAGUGACGCUGAAGGAGACCCACUGAUGAAUAUGCUGAUGAGGCUGCAGGAGGCUGCCAACUACUCUAGCCCCCAGAGCUAUGACAGCGACUCAAACAGCAACAGCCAUCAGGAUGACAUCCUGGACUCGUCCCUGGAGUCUACGCUGUGACGGGCUGGGCCUGGAGCCUGCCCUCCUCCACGUCUCCUCACUCUGCCCCAUCUGCAUCCUCCACGGUAUCCUGAAACGACUUCCUGAGCCAGCCUCCAGCCGUAGCCCCAGAGCUGCAGGAUCCCAAGACCCCUCAUUCUUCCGCCUCGACCUAGGUGCAGGUGUCCUGGGCCAGCCGCCUGGGACCCACCUCCUCCCACAGUGACAACUGCACUACUUUGUGUUUUCCUGUCAUUUUCAUUUUUGCCUUGUUGCUGUGACCUGCCUAAGACUGAAGCUACUUCUCGGGAAGGGGUCAUCACCAUGGAGAUG